AUGCAAGAGUUGUGGGAAAAUGGAAGAACCUGUGAGUGCGACGCUCAUCCCGACUCAUUUUGCUCGAACGGUAUUUGCGAAACUAACAUGGUGAUGAAACCUGAAACCAAAACAUCUACUAAGAAGCCCAGGCCACCAGUGGAGGGACCAGAUUCAUGCAAAGCCAAUACCGGAAUGACAGAUGACCUCAGAGAGAUUUUCCUCAAAAAACAUAACUACUACAGGUUAGCUGUGGUCGUGCCGGAUGUGUAUGAUUGCGAAAUCGAAGCAAACGCACUGAGGCAUGCCGAGAAAUGCAGAUGGGGACAUUCCAUCAAAGCCGACAGAUUCGGUCUUGGUGAGAAUGUAUGGGCGAGCCUUCAACCGGAAAUGAAUAGGUCACUUGCAGCGGAAAUGCCCGACGAUACUCGGACGGAAAGAACAGAAAAGAAGCCUGCUGAUACUCGAAAAGAAAGAAGCAAAGGAAAGCGUGAUAAGAGUCAAAAGGAAAAGACCAAAGAGAACCCCGUCGAUGAUCGAAAAGAGAAGACCGAAAAGAAGUCUGUUUGUCCUAAAAUAAAAAGCCGAGGAGAGCGUCAUAGAGCGCAAGAAAAGACCAAAGAGUGCUCUGAACUAUCCGAACAGAAAGGACCAGGAAGUGUAGAUGAAACACAGAGAAGCCUCAGAUACGAAACGAAAGAAGUAAGGAAAAACCUGAUGAUGCUCUCAAGGAAAAAGAAGAAGGGAAACCCAGCGAUGCUCGCAAGGGAGGAAGCAGAGGGAAAUCAGGCACAAGAGCCGUUCGCUUCUCGUAUCGCACCUCAUCUCAACAGCCUUCCAUAUAAUUUCUUCGCUUGUUUUGUAUGUGUU